CAUCCCCGCUCCCGGGGAGGCGGCGGCGGCGCCAGGUGGAAGCAGCUCUGAGAAAUUCUCCCUCCGCUUCCUGCUCCCGCUGCUGCGGGCAGCUGUGGCUGCAGGUUCCCGAGUGGCAGUUGUUGCUGCCGGACUCGACUUCUCCCACUCCGUGCGUGCGUGGCAGGGGACGGGCGGCUGCGGGUCAGGGGGCUCUUGGGGCAGUUUGUACAGUUGGCUGGAGAGCUGCUGCGCCGCCCGGAGAUGGGGAGGCAGAGCCUGCGCUCGGGCAUCCUCCUGUUGGCGGCUCUGGUGUCUCUAAAAAGCGAGAAGCUGCCAAACUGCGAGGACGCUCGGAAAGUUUUCCAGCUACGGCAGAUCGGCCCCGCCAAGGGGCUGCCGGAGACCCCGCGGGCAGGGGCUGAUCUUCAAGUUUGUACAUCUAAAAAUCUAACGUGUUGUACCAAAAAGAUGGAGGAGAGAUACCAGAUUGUAGUAAAGCAGGAUAUACAACAAGUGCUUCAAACAUCAAGCUCUACUUUAAAGUUUUUAAUAUCUCAUAAUGCAGCUGCUUUUCAAGAAACCUUUGAAAUGCUAAUGAGACAGGCUGAGAAUUACACAAGCAUGCUUUUCUGCAACACAUACAGAAACAUGGCUGUCGAGGCUGCUACUGCUGUUCAAGAGUUUUUUACAGAUGUGGGACUCUUUGUAUUUGGCAUAGACAUUAGUACAGAAGAACUGGUGAACAGAUUUUUUGACACCCUGUUCCCACUAGUCUAUAAUCAUCUGAUUAAUCCUGGUCUAACUGACAUUUCACUGGAAUAUUCAGAAUGCAUUCGAAUGUCACAAAGAGAUAUCAGUCCUUUUGGUAAUGUUCCAAAAAUAGUCAUGGGACAAAUGGGGAGAUCAUUGUUAUCCAGUCGUACUUUCUUGCAGGCCCUCAAUUUAGGGAUUGAAGUGAUCAAUACAACAGAUCAUUUGCAGUUCUCUAAAGACUGUAGCAGAGCCUUACUACGAAUGCAAUAUUGCCCCCACUGCCAAGGAAUGACUUUAAGUAAGCCAUGUAUGGGGUACUGCCUGAAUGUAAUUAGAGGUUGCUUAGCUAACAUGGCAGAAAUUGACCUUCACUGGCGGAGAUAUAUUCAGUCAUUGGAAGAGUUAUCCAGUGCAAUGCAUGGGACAUAUGACAUUGAGCAUGUACUUCUGAACUUUCACUCAAUUGUUAAUGAUGCUCUGACACAAGCUAGUAUCAAUGGACCAAAAGUAACUGAACAGGUAAACAAGAUAUGUGGUCAUCCUGUGAGAAAGACGACAUUGUCCCCAGGUUAUUCUGAUCAGAACAAAGAUAAUCAAGGGAUGAAGAUGCCUGCAAGAGACAAUGAAGAAACACUGGCCAACAGAAGAAAAGAAUUUAUGAAAAGUCUACGGCUGUACAAGACAUUCUAUGGAGGCCUGGCUGAUCAGAUGUGUAUCAAUGAGUUAGCAGCUGCUGAUGGGCUAGCAUGUUGGAAUGGUGAAGAUGUUGUAAAAAGCUAUACCCACCGUGUGGUUGGCAAUGGAGUCAAAGCUCAGUCUGUGAAUCCAGAAGUAAAAGUGAAAGGAACAGAUCCUGUAAUAAAUCAAAUUAUUGAUAAACUGAAACACAUUAUCCAGCGGUUGCAGGGCAAAUCAUUUCCUAAACAUGAGAAGUGGGGCCUACUACAAACGGGCAGUGGUGUAAGUAUGGAUGAAGAAGGCAGUGGAGACUGUGAUGAUGAGGAUGGUUGUGGAGGAUCAGGAAGCGGGGAAGUGAAGAGAAUCCUGCAAAUUGCUGACUGGAUGCCAGACAAGACAAACCUCAGUGACGUAAAGCAAAUCCAUCAAACAGACGGUGGCAGCACUUUAGACACAACUGGAGCAGGAUGUACAGGAAUGGCUGCUUAUAUGACAUUUACGCUGAUUAGUGUGGUAACAUUACUUCUCAGUCUUUGGUAAAUGUGCAGCUCUGUCUUGAUAUAAGUAUCUCAUUGCAGUCUGUUUGUUCUCCCGCACAAGCCUGGAAUAAGAGAUUGAACGUAGCAAUAUUUAUGGUAGCCUGAUCCUAGGUCUACAUAUUGACAAAAUUGUUUGCUUGUGUAAUAUAUUUUGUAGGGUUUUUUUUAACACCUGUAUAAUUAAGCAAAAUCGUAUUUCUUUUUAGAACAUUAUGUUACAGAUAUAAUAGCAGUAUGUUGAACUUGCUGAACUCUGAACUACUUUUAAAAAAGAGAAACCCGAUUUAAUUUCUCAGCAUUUUUGUAUUUGAAAAUCCUGUCUCUUUUCUGUUUACAAAAAAAUGCCCCCUAUAAGACUUAAAAACUAGAAUUUGUACAUCUCAUGAGUAAAUGGGUGAAAUUUUAAGUCUAAACUAUUUUCUGUGAAAAAUGAAGGUUACACAACACUGAAACAUUUUGCGAAUUUAUGUUAGUUUUGGUGAAUUGUUCAUGUCUAAAACCAAACAAAUGCCAAAAAAGUCAAAAUGUUUCAUUUUGUCAUUUGCAAAACAAAAUGAUUUAGAUGUUUUUAUUCAGACUGACUACUUGUUUUGAAAUUUCCUUCAAAUUUUUUUUUUUAAUUCAAAAUUCAAAAUCAAAAUGAAAUAUUUUGUUUUGGGUAGAACAAAACAUUUGUUUGACCCCCAAAAUCUAUCAUUUGCACAGUUAUGCUGAUAAAAAUAUAGUGUAAACAGAUAAAACUAAUUUACAAGGGGUUUCUUUUAAUACUUCAGGGAAAUUAGAUAUUAUGCAAUGCUUGUGGGUGUGUAUUUACACGUGAUUACACUUGGCCACAAAUAACAGCAAAUUCUCGUGCCAUAUGGAGAUGAUGGAAUCUGGAAUGUUAUAUAGUACUGAAUGUGUAUUGUAUAAUUCAGUUACCAGUAACUAAUUACAUGUUUAUAUUUGAUUAUCUUGACUGUGACUGAGUCACAUCCCAUUGUAUCCAGAAUGUCUUCAAAAAUAUUGUGCUGUUUCCUUCCUUUACAAAUAUAUAUAUAUAUAUAUAGAGAGAGAGAGAGAACUGUAUGCACAUAGUGUAUUUAGAAGUCUUCCUAGUCAGUAAAAAUAAAUUUUAUAUUAGACUAAUAUAAAUAAGGAUAUAGAAAUAUUUGUGGUUCCUAAAUGUGUAACAUACAGGUAAACAAACUGUGUUUAAAAAAAACCCCAACCCAACAUUGCUAAAAACAGCUGAAUGCCCAGAUAGACGUCAUUAGUAGACAUACCAGUCUAUGUGUACAUUUAGUUUGCCUACUGUUCCAUCUAGUCCAGCAUGCUGUCUCUAAGAGUGGCCAGUACCAGAUGCUUCAGAGGAAAUUGAAAGAAACCCCAGAGUAGGCAGUUCAGAAAUAACCCCUCCAUAGGGAAAGAUUUCUAUUAAUAUCCAUUAGUUAGAAGCUGAUUUACAUCCAGAAGCACUUUUUCCUUUCCAAACUGUGGUGGUUGCUGCUCUUUUAAUCCUUACUACUGUGACUGAAGCAGGUAUAAUUUUCAAAAACACCUCAGAAACCCAUUUUCAAGUAGUUUGGGCCCUUAGGAAGUUUUGAACAUUUUACCCAUUGUCCAUGUAUACAUCCAGCUUUUUUUUUCUGAAUCAUGCUAAACUAAGCCCCAAUUAUAUCUCGUGGUUUUGCAGAGUGGAUUUUUAAAAAUAAUCUUUUGUAAUUUGUGAGAUUUAAACUAAGGAUGCUAAAAACACCUGUAGGUAGACAAUCCAUAUAUUAUUAUAGCACUGGGCAUCAAGACCAUUAGACAGUGCAUACUGGAGUGUCUCACUACAAGCGAGAAGUUGGUGAGCAGUAGGUGUAAGAGACAGGUUUAUGGAGCAGCCAUUUUUAGACAAGAAGAGGGGAUAUGGGAAAAUGGAUUACUUAAUUGUAUCACAAUAUACUACAACAACAAAGUUUAAAUAGAUGGGCACAUUUUCCAAAAUGUCUGACACCCUUACUUAGUAAAGUUCAGCUAUUUUUCUUGAACUUUUAAAAAAAUCACCUUUAAGUGGAGUUGCCAUUUGAAAGAAAGAAUUAAAAUGCACUAUUUCUCAUGCAACAAUGUUUUCCUAGCACGUGAAUAAAUAUUUUAAGGUGUCAUCUUUCCUGAGGGUAGUCGCUGAAGUAGGUUGAGAUGCAUUUACUUCUUUAGGAAGCAGGUAGUGCUGGUGUUUUGCAAAUGCCACCUAAUAAAAGAUGAAUCAUAACUGCAGCCAAAUAACAGGUAGCAAUAAAUAUAUAAUACUCCUUUUUUCUGAGUAUGCCAAAUUUAAUGUUAACAAUUCCACAGCACCUCUUUAUAAGUAUAGGUUAAGAAGUAGAAGAAACAACUCUUGAGUAUUAAAUAGUUUCUUUGUUUUAUUUUUAAAGUGCAGUUUUACUUUGAAAAUCACA